AUGGUAUCCAGGCUGACAUCUCUUCAGCAGGAGCUCCUGAGUGCACUGCUGGACUCUGGAGUGACCAAAGACGUGCUGAUCCAAGCGCUGGACGAUAUGGACCCAAGCCCUGCGAGUUUCGGCGUCAAGCUGGAGUCGAUGCCCAUGUCUCCUCAGAGCAGCAAGAUGAGCAGCAGCGACGCAGACUCCAAACCCGUCUUUCAUCAGCUCACCAACGGCCACAGCAAGGCCAAGCUGUCUGGGGACGAGGGCUCCGAGGACGGGGACGAUUACGACACGCCACCGAUCCUAAAGGAACUGCAGUCUCUCAACACGGAGGAGGCCAUCGAGCAGCGCGCAGAGGUCGAGCGCAUGUUGGCUGAGGACCCAUGGCGUGCUGCCCGCAUGAUCAAAGGUUACAUGCAACAACACAACAUUCCCCAGAGAGAGGUAGUGGACAUUACGGGUCUGAACCAGUCUCACCUCUCACAGCACCUCAACAAAGGCACGCCCAUGAAAACCCAGAAGCGUGCGGCCCUCUACACCUGGUAUGUCAGGAAACAGCGGGAAAUUCUCAGACAAUUCAAUCAGGCCCCAGGUGCUGGUGGGAGCAUGUCAGACAAGGGUAACCAGGAUCCAGUGUAUUUUUUCCCAGAGUACAACCCUGGGCAGAUGGGUCAGUCUGGGGAUGACAUAAGUGAACCGUCCUCCAAGAAAAUGAGACGCAAUCGUUUCAAGUGGGGGCCUGCAUCUCAGCAAAUCCUGUACCAAGCCUAUGAGAGACAGAAGAACCCCAGCAAGGAGGAGAGAGAAGCUUUGGUUGAAGAAUGUAACAGAGCUGAAUGUCUGCAGCGAGGGGUAUCGCCUUCUAAAGCCCAAGGCCUAGGAUCUAACCUUGUCACUGAAGUCCGGGUUUACAACUGGUUUGCAAACAGACGAAAAGAAGAAGCUUUUAGGCAGAAGCUGGCAAUGGACGCCUUCAGCACACCAACCCACAGCAUCAACCCACUGCUGUCCCAUGGUUCACCUCAUCACCAGACCAGCGCUUCCCCUCCCAGUAAGAUGACAGUGCGGUACAGCCAGGGGGAAGUCACCUCAUCGUCCAGCAUCAAUCAUCACAGCAGCAACGCCAUGGCCACCAGUCAGUCGGUACUGCAGCAGGUGUCUCCGGGAGGAUUGGACCCCAGCCACACUCUGCUGUCACCUGACGCCAAGAUGAUUUCUGGCUCAGGCGGUGGACUUCCUCCAGUGAGCACAUUGACCAACAUACACAGUUCCCAUCACAGUCACCAGCAGACACAGAACCUUAUCAUGCCUCUAUCAGGAGUCAUGGCUAUUGCACAGAGUUUAAAUUCGUCCCAGUCUCAAACAGUGCCCGUGAUCAACAGUGUGGCGGGAAGCCUAGCAGCACUUCAGCCGGUCCAGUUCUCCCAGUCGCUCCACAGUCCACACCAACAGAGCUUGAUGCAGCAGUCUCAGAGCCACAUGAGCCAACAGCCCUUCAUGGCCGCAGUCACGCAUUCGCACAUGUACCCACAUAAACAAGAACCACCACAAUAUUCUCACUCGUCACGGUUCCCCUCGGCAAUGGUUGUAACGGACGCCAACAGCCUUAGCACACUCAGCUCUAUGUCCUCAAGCAAAACGGACAUACCUGUUAACAAGAUGGUCCAACUUGGGGGCCUCUCUUGGUGUCCGCUUCAGGCUUGGUGA